GGUGGACCCUCAGGGAUGAGGGGGAUUUGGGUGGGGACCCCCGGGAGAGGGGGAUUUGGGUGCUGACCCCCAGGGAUUUGGGUGAGGACCCUCAGGACUGGGGGAUUUGGGUGCCCACCUCAGGGACUGAUGCCAAAUUUUGGGUGCCCGUCCCUGGGAUGAUGAAGAUGCUCCUGUGCACCCAACUCCACUUUUAGAAGCUGAAAAUGUUCAUUUUUCCGCUUCCCACCCCAAAAAUGUUCCGGUAUCCGUGGUGGGGGGUGCUGGGGGUCUCUGUUCCCCCGGGGUCUGGAUCCUGUUUUUGUGGGUUCAGCGUGUCCCAAACCCUGUUUUUGUGGAUACACCACGUCCCAAACCCACGUUUCUUUCCCCAAUUCCCCCCCGCUCCAAAAUGAGGCGAAAUAAAGCGGAAUUGGGAUUUUGGAAAAGCAGGGUCGUGAUUUGCUGAGGUGGGAAUGUGGGACCCCCACGGCGGGGGGGCUCCCCUUCCCCAGGAACCCAUCCCGGGGUGGGCAGGGCGGGAAAUUGGGGUGAAAUCCUCCAAUUUUGGUGAUGCCGAGCCCCGUUUCCCUCAGGGAAAAAACCCCAAAAAAGGGUAUUUUUUUCACCAUUGUGGUGAUGCCCAGCCCAGUUUCCCCCGGGAUAAACCCCAAAAAUGGGUGGGGGGCUCCUCCAGAUGUGACCCCUCCCGCCGUGCCCAAAAUUCCGCUGGCAGCGGUGGGAUUCGAACCCACGCCCCCGCAGGGACUGGAGCCUUAAUCCAGCGCCUUAGACCGCUCGGCCACGCUACCCCCGGGGCGGGGAGGGGGCGGCGACGGCCUGGGGGGGUCUGGGGUCACUGGACAAUGGAGAUGUCCCCGUGUCCGGCCAGGACCAGGGAUGGACACGUGUCCUGGGAGGGGUCUGGGGUCACUGGACAAUGGAGAUGUCCCCGUGUCCGGCCAGGACCAGGGAUGGACACGUGUCCUGGGACGGAUUCCAGGGUCACUGGACAAUGGAAAUCAUCCCCGUGUCCAGCCAGGACCGGACACGCUGUCCUGGGGGGGUCUGGGGUCACUGGACAAUGGAGAUGUCCCCGUGUCCGGCCAGGACCAGGGCCUGACACGUGUCCUGGGGUCACUGGACGAUGGAGAUCUCCCCGUGUCCGGCCAGAACCAGGGGUGAAGGUGAUGUCCAUGGAGGAGUUUUGGGGUCACUGGACGAUGGAGAUCUCCCCGUGUCCAGCCAGAACCAGGGCUGGACACGCUGUCCUGGGGUCACUGGACAUGUCCGGCCAGGACCAGGACCGGACACGUGUCCUGGCAGGAGUUUGGGGUCACUUUUCGAUGGAGAUCUCGCCCAGCUCCAGCCAGAACCAGGGCCGCACGCACUCCCCGCCGAAGUCGGCGGCCGGGAAGGCGAAGAGCGGCGCGGCGCCGCCGGGGCCGUCGCCGUCGAAGAAGGCCACGCCGCCGCCCUCGUAGUCCAGGGCCACGCGC